UUGAAAUUCAGAAACCUCGCUCUCUGCUUUAAUGGCGACUUUAAGCCACUCGCUUCUGCCUAACUCCACGGCCUCUCGCAAUCUCCCAGUUAUAAUUCCACUCCCAAUGCCCAAUUCCCUCACAUCGCCAUCUCCCCAUUUCUAGAUUCCGGCUUCUCUACCUCUCUUUUCCUCUCCCAUGGCGUCCUCAUUGCUCAAAGAUGAGCUCGACAUUGUCAUCCCCACCAUUAGAAACCUCGACUUCCUCGAGAUGUGGAGGCCCUUCUUUCAGCCUUACCAUUUGAUCAUCGUCCAAGAUGGCGACCCUUCCAAGACCAUCAAGGUUCCUGAGGGAUUCGAUUAUGAGCUCUAUAAUCGCAAUGACAUUAAUCGGAUUCUCGGCCCUAGAGCCAACUGCAUUUCCUUUAAGGACUCUGCUUGUCGAUGCUUUGGGUAUAUGGUUUCCAAAAAGAAGUAUAUCUUCACCAUUGAUGAUGAUUGCUUUGUUGCCAGUGAUCCGUCUGGGAAACAAAUCAAUGCACUUGCACAGCACAUCAAGAACCUCCUCUGCCCCUCUACCCCCUUUUUCUUCAACACCCUUUACGAUCCUUAUCGAGAUGGUGCUGACUUUGUGCGUGGAUAUCCCUUCAGUCUGCGUGAGGGUGUCCCAACCGCUGUUUCUCAUGGCCUCUGGCUUAAUAUCCCAGAUUAUGAUGCACCAACUCAGCUUGUUAAGCCUCUGGAAAGGAACACAAGGUUUGUGGAUGCUGUCCUGACAAUCCCAAAAGGCACUUUGUUUCCCAUGUGUGGUAUGAAUUUGGCAUUCGACCGAGACCUCAUCGGCCCUGCAAUGUACUUUGGACUCAUGGGCGACGGGCAGCCAAUCGGUCGAUACGACGAUAUGUGGGCUGGCUGGUGCAUCAAGGUUAUAUGUGAUCAUCUGGGGUUGGGAGUGAAGACAGGGCUGCCUUACAUCUACCAUAGCAAGGCAAGCAACCCAUUUGUGAACCUGAGGAAGGAGUACAAGGGCAUUUUCUGGCAGGAAGACAUCAUCCCAUUCUUCCAACAAGUUAUUCUUCCAAAAGAUUGCACCACUGUCCAAAAGUGCUACAUUGAGCUGGCCAAACAAGUCAAGGACAAGCUCAGCAAAGUUGAUCCUUACUUCGACAAGCUGGCCGAUGCCAUGGUGACUUGGAUUGAAGCUUGGGAUGAUCUCAACCCAACUGGAGCUUCAGCUAAGUUGCCCAAUGGAAAAGCGUAAUCAUUUAGUCAAAUCGCCAUCUUCGUGCAACUAUAGAUGUUGUUUGAGUCUUAAUAACUUGUGAUUUUUCGGAUUUUGAAUGUACUUUUUGUUCUUCAAUCUACUGUUCUAUAUAAGCUGUAGAAACAAUAAGAUAUGGUGAUUCAGGUUCUAGUUUGUACCUCAGUUGAUACCCAGAAAUAUUUAGUAAUAUUUGUUUCACAUUGUUCCCAAGUUA